UGGGAGAGACUACUGGCCAAAGAAUGCAGGCUUUACAGGCUGAGAAACAACCACAGGAUCUCUGUAGCUGCUGCCUCCAAGCUGCUGUCAAACAUGAUGCUGGGUUACAGAGGCAUGGGGCUCUCCAUGGGGAGCAUGAUCUGUGGAUGGGACAAAGAGGGCCCUGGUCUGUACUAUGUGGAUGAUAAUGGGACGCGUCUGUCUGGCCGCAUGUUCUCUACCGGCUGUGGUAACAGUUACGCCUACGGCGUGGUGGACAGCGGUUACCGGGACGACAUGACUGUGGAGGAGGCGUAUGAUCUGGGCCUUCGGGGCAUUGCUCAUGCCACACACAGAGACGCUUACUCUGGAGGGUUUGUCAACAUGUACCACAUGCGGGAGGACGGCUGGAUAAAGGUGUGUAAGGAAGACGUCUCAGAGCUGAUCCACCGCUACAGAAAGGGAAUGUUCUGAGUUUGACCCCAAAAACCCACAUUUACACUCUGAAUAGUGUCCAGCAAUACCUGUCUUUCCUUAAUGAUGUCAUGUUUUUGACAACCAUGUCAAUUUAUUUUCUCCAAAAAUAUCUUGACUUCUGAUUUUGAAAAUAAAUGACCCUACUUUGUCUUACAGCAGAGUGUGGAUUUCUUAUUCUACAUAUGGACCUAAAUUUUUCUGUCAAACUUUAGGACUGUUUGGUUAUUGUUCCUUAUAUUUGUAAUUGAAGUACUCUUUAUGUCGACACUUACAUGGUUCAGUGUAGUAUUUUGGGUUUUUUUAUAAUAAGACAUCCUGUUAAAUAAUCUUACCAAUAUAACACACAGCCCCAAAUAAAGACAUUUUGUCGAACUCA